AUGAAAACGAUAAUUCAUCUCCCAACAGAUACAAUCUCAUUUGUUAUCAAGGAACUUCAUACAAAAUUAUACAACUCAAAUCCUGCUGUUUUUCCCGAAAAUUCAAGGGAUGUUGACUUUGUCUUAAAAGUGCGAGGACUCAAUGAGUUCUUGAUACCCGAAAAGAGUGAUGGAGGGGAAUAUGUACUCAGUGACUUUGAUUAUGUCCGGCGAUGUGUUCACGAGAAUUUACCAAUCGACUUAGUGCUAUAUGACAGAAAUAAAUUACAUGAACGGUUGUGGAAAGCCGACCAAAUAGGUUUAAUGGGACAUUUGAACACAUUUAUAGGAAGUGAGGUGAAGGCGCUCUCGGACAAGACGCGGUACUUGUCCCAGCGGGACUUAAAGACUCCGAUGUGUGUAGAGAUCACGCAACUUGACAAUUUCAAAUACACCAAAGCGACCGACAAAAUGAAUUUCAGUGUGAAUUUCAAGUGUUUCAUAACGGGUUCGUUAUACUAUGGAGUUAAUCUAUUAGCGAAAGAGGAAGUCUCUCCGAUAUUUGAAAUAGAGAAUGGCCGUAUCAAGUUUAACUCUCCGUUAGUAUUGACCUUUAACAUCUUAAUCUCUUCCAUCCCACGAGAAACAAAAAUUGUUCUUUCCGUGUAUUACACUGAUCUAAGUGCCACCGGUGUUCCUCCAGAACUUUCAAAACGACAAGAGUGUCUUGCGACGAUUAACAGCAAAUUGAUCGAUUACAACGGCUUUUUCAUACGCACGAAAUUCAGGUGUGGGAUGUGGGAGAGGGUAGAGCCAAACCCUAUUAACAUGUGUUGUGAGAAUACAUCAAAUGAAGCGUGUUCAAUCCAAUUCAAAUUAAUCGAGUUUAAUAAGCCAGUCAUUAUGGACACAUUCACAGCUACGGACGACGAAAUGAAGACUCAAAUGGCCUCCGAAAUCAAAUUAAAAGCUGAGGAUGUCAUUAUCUAUAAAAAAGCCGUGGAAGCAGACCCAAUGGCAGAGUUAACUACAGAAGAGAUCAGAAUGCUCUGGACAUAUCGAGCUAUGGUGAUGAAAACUAAACCACGCGCACUCUCGAGAGUUGUGCGAGCCGUCGAUUUCUCGGAUCAAGAAGAAGUACUUGAGUUACAUAGACUUCUUCAAAAGUGGCCUCUUAUAGAGCCGUCCCACGCGUUGGAGUUACUUGACUUCCAUUAUCCCGAUGAGGAGGUGAGGAUCUAUGCGUUGAAAUGCAUCGACGCUAUGAAAGACUACGAAUUAGUUGAUUUCUUACCCCAACUGAUUCAAGCAUUGAAAUUUGAAUUGCACCACUUGAGCACUCUUGCAGACUUCUUACUCCGCCGUGCACUACGAAAUAAGAACGUCAUCGGUCACCAAUUCUUCUGGUUCUUAAAAGCUGAAGUGCACGACCCACGAGUCACUGAAAGGUAUGGAACGUUACUUGAAGCAUUUCUGAAUGGGAUAGAAGGGUACAGAAGUGAACUUUACAAUGAAGUCCAUUUACAGAACCAAUUGGUGACUCUUGCGAAUCAGGUGAAGGCCAUUUCGACGAAAGAAGACCAGAAAGCACACUUGAAGAGUUCUUUGAAUAAAUAUAAUUACCCAAAUGAAAUGUCUUUGCCACUCGACUCAAGACUGAGAGUCAAGAGGACGGUACCAAAUACCGGAAACGUAUUCUCAUCGAAGAAAAAACCAUUGAUGCUCGUCUGGGAGAAUCUCGACCCACUUGGGAAGAACAUACUCGUCAUCCAGAAGGUCGGGGACGACUUGAGACAAGACGUGUUAACACUUCAAAUGCUUCGACUGAUGAAUAACAUCUGGAAGUCUGCGGGACUUGACUUGAGGAUGCUGCCGUAUCAAUGCAUGGCGACGGGGAAUGAAAUGGGGAUGUUGGAACUUGUCGAAGACUCCGAGACGUAUGGCGCGAUUAUCGCGAAAGAAGAGGGGACGUUCCGAGUGUUCAAAGACGACGUUUUAACGAAGUGGAUGAAAGAGCAGUGCAAUCGCCCGGAGUCUAAAGUCACAUUUGACCAAGCUGUUGAGAAUUUUGUGUAUUCAUGUGCCGGGUAUUGUGUUGCGACAUACAUCUUAGGUAUAGGAGAUCGACACAGCGAUAAUGUGAUGAUUAGAAGAGAUGGCCGAUUCUUUCAUAUUGACUUUGGACACUUCUUAGGGAACUUCAAAUCGAAGUUUGGAGUCAAGCGAGAGCGCACACCAUUCAAAUUCACCCCACACUUCGCUCACGUGAUGGGCGGGAAAGGGUCAAAGAUGUUCAAAAAGUUUGAGGAAUUGUGUAUAAGUGCUUUUACGUGUAUAAGAAAGCAAGGGUCACUCUUUAUAUACUUGUUCAGGCUGAUGCUUGCAACUGGAAUACCCGAGUUACAGAAGGAAAAGGAUAUAGAGUACAUGAGAGACACAUUCAUGUUCGACAAAAAGGAAGACGAGGCGGGCGAGGAAUUCAGACAGCUCAUAUACAAGUGCUUAGAUGCAAAGUCGCAGACUUUCAAUGAUCUUGUUCACGACUACGUCCAUUACAAAUAA